AUGCCGCCGUCAGUAAAAAGUCGACGUAUACUUUGCAUAAACUGCAACGUCUGUUUAAAUACGUUUCGACGUUAUCUCGUUCAUGAGCUCAACACAAGAGUUAUUUCGUUACUUAGCGAGUGGAUAUCACCAGUAAUCAUUACUGAGGAAGAUUACAUUUGUGAACGUUGUAAUGAACUCCUCAUGAGCAGCAUAAACCAGCAAUUAACAACAAGCUGUGAUGGUGCUCAAGCAUCAGGGUCAUCUCAACCAGGUCGAAGACAAGUGUGCAGUAUUUGUGGACGGUCAACACUUAAUCGUCAGAGCCAUUCUAUUGUUUUUGACAAUCCUUCAGAAGAGCAAAGGCAGAUAAAUGCUCUUAUACAAACAAAAAUUGCACCACGUCAGAUAUCAUUAUCUGAUAGGAUAUGCCAUUCAUGCUGGAUGAAGUGUAAGCGUGAUGCCAUGCGUAUUGAGCAAGUUGAUGAAGCUCGCCGAGUGUCUACAACUAGAGAAGUUGAUCUUGAAACACGUGACUCUGAGCCAAUCACUUCUCAGUCAGUUCAUGAAAGUCUAGAAGUGCCUUCUGAAGUUAUAGCAACAGCAACAGACACAUAUACAUGGACAUAG